UGGUGGCAACUUUAGAAAUUAAUCUCUUUUGGAUAUAACAGGUUUAAGGUUAAGCUAAUGAUUUAGCACUCAAAGACUUUUUAUCCUAAUGAGCAGCUUGCUCUUUAUAUCAUUGAUAUAUUUUGCAUUUCUGAUGGCCAUUUUAACUAAUUAAAUCCCUAUAAAUGCAUAAAGAUCCAUUUCCUGUUAUCACAACACCAACGCAAUCACCAUGAACUGUUGUUCAUAAAUCAAUAUUAGAUAAAGGCCUAACUCACAAAAUAAUCAUAAUAAAACAAAAAGGUUUUAACACUUUUAGUUUGUUUUGAUUCCAGUUAUUGAUCUUUCUAAAAUACUGAUCAAUGUUAUUGAUAUUCAAGUUUAUAAUAAAUUAGCCUGCACACAAUGUAUGUGUUCGAUAAACUAUUGAGUCAUGUCCCACCGAUGACAUGUAACUAUAAUAGGGAGAAAUCUACCCUGGCAAGUUUUCAGAUAAUGUUUAAAUUGUGUUUACAUUUAACGUCUUGUCUUCCACGAAAGGCACACCUUAGAUUAUAUCAAAACUGAAACAUGUUAUCACCUAUGACCUGAAUUUCUGGAGUUAUGUAUUGAUCAAAUCAACAAGUCAAUGUGAGUGAUUAAAAAUCAUAAUUCAUUUGGAUUAAAUUAUUUACCUGCAUGAAAGAUGGUUGAAUUAUUGAUGACAACAAGACUGUGUAUAAGUGGAUAGUGCGGCCAUGUUGAUGGUUUACCUGAGUGCAGUUAUUACCAUGGUAACGGUUUCAACAUCCACCAGUACAGCUUCAUUGUGCAAGUGUUUUCAGCAAUGUUGUGGAAAUUACUGCGGCAAAGUUUUGCUGUGCCUGAUGCUUGUAACUGUGUGUUAUAGUACUAAUACUGGUAUGAAAGACAAGAGGAAGUGUCAUAGAGGGACUAUUUCGCCAAGAGAGCCAUAUUUUUUGGAAGGAGAGGACAUAAACCUAAUUUGUAAUCGAAGAAAAGGUCGAGCAAAACAUUUGACCUUUGUUCGUGGUAGAAAUUCUGAGGAGGUACCAAGAAAAUACAUAACAAAGAUCAAUGGAACUGCAAUACAGCUGAAGAUUCCUAAUAUAACAGCAGAAGAUAUAGAUGCCUUGGAAUAUAACAUACAAUAUAGAUGUGUAGAUAGAAGAAAACAUUCCAAGUGUUUCGACAAUGUUUAUGUGCAGCUGGAAUACCUCAAAGACCACCAUUUGAAAAAUUGUGAUGCACUGCGUAAACCUGAAAAUUUACAAUGCCGGGAUUAUAACUUUAACAAGAUGAAGUGCACAUGGUCUCACGGGGUGGAGUAUCACUUGCCACAUGAUAUGAAUAUCACAUGUGAAUACAGGUUGGAUAAAACAGAAGUACUGUAUCAUACUUUUGGUGGAUUUUGGAUGUCAUGUGAAAAUCUGACAUCAACUUCUUGUUAUUGGGACGCAGAAAACUACCCGGCACCAGAAUCAACAAUAGAUGUCCGAGUGUCUGUCACCAAUACCAUUCGCAAUGUGACAAAAACAAUAACUCAAACAUUUUACAAGUUCGACAUAGGUAAGAACAAAUAUUUCUUUUUAUCACACACCAGGGCCACUUUUGCAACUCUGUAAAAAUACUUUUGCACA